AUGAAGCCGUGGCGCGAAGGGCCUGGCUGGGCCCAGCUGGGUGCGUUUGAGUUGGCGACUCUGACAACACUGCCCUGGCUGGUCGGGGUUCUCAUCAGUUAUUUGUUCGCGUCAACGUACCAUGGCAUGCCUCUGUCCGUGUGGCUGAUUGCCCUGGCCCUGCUGGCUGUGUGCCUAUGGCAUGCACGACACGAUGCUCAACGUGAACACCGCUGGCACGGCAUUCUGCCUAUGUCUUGCAUGGCUGGAGUUGUGGCAUCCUCUGCUUUGGGCCUCAUCGCUUACAGGAAUUUCUAUUCUGUUUACUGGCUGUACCAUGACAGCCAUGCCUAUGCCAAUGUGCUCCCCUCAGAACCAGCAGCAACCUAUUUGGAUGCUGGCAAGCUAGUUUUUGCAGAAGAAGCACGCAUAGAUUACGCACGAGGGAUGGGAUUCAAGGACGGCUCCACGUUCUGCGUGGCGCCCAUCGUCGACUCAGAGGCGAACGCCUCGGUGCAGUUCUGGGCCGCGGGCGUCGACUGCUGCGGCGGCCGCUUCGACUGCGACGAUGCCUGGGACGGCAAGGCCCACGCCGGCGUGCGCCGGGCCUGGCGCGAGCAGUAUGCUUCGGCCGUGAGGCAAGCAGAGGCCGCAUACGGCCUCAAAUCUGCAAAAGAGCCCAUCUUCGUGCAGUGGGUGAUUGAUCCCGAAAAGGUGGAAUUGAACUACUGGAUGUUGGGCAACGGGGUGCUGGUUGGUUCCUGCCUGGUCUCCUUGGUGCUGUCGGCGGUUGUGAACAUCGUCUUGCUUCGCUUCACCUCGCCCCAGUCCUUCGCGUCAGAGGUCGGGCAUGCCGUGGGCUUCCCGGGACAUGCUUCCGCUGGCCUCCCGCCGGGGUUUCCCCCGGGUAUUCCGCACUUUGCCUUCGGAGGGGCGCCGGUCAUCGUGGUGGAGCACCACAGUGGCUUCAACCCCUGGGAGGACCUGCACAAGAACGUGGAGCGCGUGUUCAAAGCUCAGGCCGAGGGUGCAGGUCCGGGCAUGAUGGUGCGGCCCAUGCAGGUGCAGCUGGGUGGGCUGCUGGACAUCUUCGGGGAUCACCACGCCGGGCACCACGGCCUCGCCCAGGGCUCCUUCGAGGUGCACAACGACGAGUCCGGUGUCCUGAUCUCCGCGGUGCUCCCCGGCUACGAGCUCAGCAAGAAGAGCGAGAAGCCGCUCUCGGUGCGGGCGGUCGGCAGGUCACUGGUGAUCAGUGGCCUUCACCACCAGGGCCCCAUUGUCAGCCAGUGGCAGCGGGUCUUCUCCGUGCCGAAGAACAGUGACAUGGGCCACGUGUCGGUCACGUACAACUCCAGCAGUGGCAACCUCACGGUGGUCGUGCCUCGGGGCAAUGCGACCCAACCGGAGGAGGAGACGGAGGACGACGACAUGGAGGCGUUGCCGCCGGCGCUGCGGGCGCUCAGGAACGGUUUGCCCAGUCUCCUGGAUCAGAUAGCUGGCGUGCAGGCGCAGCCUGCAGGCUUCCUGCGGGCGACCAGACCCAUGGGUCUGGAGUCUGUGUUGGGCCAGGUCCUGGGCGAGCUGAAUCAGAUGCACCCCAGGAACCAGCUCCCCAUGGUGAGCCACGUGCCAGAGGACGCCGUGGUGAACCUGGUCGGCUGCUUCGCGGAGUCCCAACUUGGGCAGGUGCGCCUGAAGUACUACGGCGAGGGCAACGCCGCGAGCUUCGCGGCGAUGUACUGGCACGCACAGAAUGAUCAUGUGCCCUACUUCGCUAUGGCCCGACACUCGGCGCCCGUGGGUCAUGCCUUCACAGCAGCGGGCUUCCUCCAUGAGAACGAGGUGCCUCAGUGGGGUGUCUACGACGGCUGCGGCGCGCCCUGCCAAGACGAAGAGGAGCGAUGGUGCGGCUGCGCCAACGAGGCUGGAAGAGGCUUUCCCAGCCCCCACUGUGCUGCUGGGGAGAAGCGCUUCGCUGUCUACAAGAUCGCGGAGCAAGCGAACGUCACGGUGGCGAAACCCGCCGAUGCGGAGACGGAGACGACUGCGUCCCCGGACCCCGCCGCCAGUGCCGCCAGUGCCGCCAGUGCCGCCAGUGCCGCCAGUGCCGCCAGUGCCGCUAGUGGCACGGAGGUGUCAAACACAUCUCAGACUUCGCGGGCUGGACUGCCGUACUGGAAGCUUUCUGGCGAGAGCGAAGGCGAGCAGUUCAUCGAGGUGGCGAUGCCCCAAAACACCCGCGCCACGGCGAGUGGCAGCGAGGUCCUCGUCUUCAAUGCGACGGAGAGCGAAGGUGCCGGAGAGGCUGCGUCUCCCAUCAGCAAGGUGAAGCUGCCGGUGACCGUUUCGGCGGACUCUUGCAAGCAUGAUGAGGCGCAGGAUGGCUGGGUGCUUAAGUGCAAGCUGGAGAAGGAGGAGGUGCGCGAGUUGCCGAUCAAAGUUGUCGACGAGCUCUGA